GGAUAUGAGAACUGCCUCGACAAGACUGUUUAAACGUCGGGAACUGGUGACAUAUCGAAAUUUUUAUCUCAACACGGUAGCUAAAUAGAGGAACGGACUGCAGAACUGACUUCAUACAGAGGCCAAAAUACAUACGUUGAGUGAUCUAGGUUUCUCUGGUCCCACCCCAAUUCCAGUAAGCAGCCGUUCUCUGGUGCCCCCUGUCUGAAGCUCACACGGUGGCACCAUGAGGAGGACACAGCUGUGCUGGGCGGCGUUACUGCUGCUGCAGUUUGCUAAGACUCCCACAAGUGCAACAUUCCAGCCAGAGGUCCCUGUGGCCACUGCAGCCGUGUCAUAUGACCUGACCGUGGCUCGUCAGCAGAUUAUAGCAGCACAGUUUGAGUGCUACCUGAAAAUCAUCAAUGACCCCCCUAAUCUCAGUGAAGGUCCACUCUGUAACCGCACUUGGGACGGCUGGCUGUGCUGGGAGGACUCCUCUCCCGGGACGGUGGUGCAGCUCUGCCCGGAGUACUUCCGCGACUUUGACCCUUCUGAAAAGGUGACCAAAGUGUGUGGCAGGGAUGGGCAGUGGUUCCGCCACCCUGAGAGCAACCGCAUUUGGUCCAACUACACCCAGUGCUCCGGCCACAUCAAGGACAAGCUCCAGGCAGCAUACAACGUGUACUACCUGGCCAUUGUAGGCCAAGGCUUGUCUGUGGUCUCCUUGCUCAUCUCUCUCUGGAUCUUCUUCUACUUCAAGAGCCUCAGCUGCCAGAGAAUCUCUCUCCACAAGAACAUGUUCCUCUCCUUCAUCCUCAACUCCAUCUGCUCAGUCAUCACCCUCUCUGUAGUGACCAACAACCAGCCGCUGAUAGCCAGCAACCCGAUGAGCUGCAAAGUGCUCUCUUUCCUGAGCUCUUACGCAUUGGGCUCCAACUAUUUCUGGAUGCUGUGUGAGGGAAUCUACCUGCACACCCUCAUCAUCGUCGCCGUGUUUGCAGAAGAACAGCAGAUGCACUGGUACUUCAUUUUGGGAUGGGUCUUCCCGCUUGUCCCUGCCACAAUAUACACUAUGGCCCGCUGCUUCUUCUAUAAUGACAGUUGCUGGAUCAGCGCACAGACUCACCUGCUGUAUAUUGUCCAUGGCCCCAUCUACACCGCCCUGCUGAGAGGAGAGUUGAGGAAACAAAGCCAGAGCAGGAGCCAACUUCUCCCACUGCAGAGGAACCACUCAACAAGAGAAAGCGCGGUCAAGAUACUGUCCAGGCCUACGGAGACAAAACCCCCAGAUCUAAGAAGAGCCCACAGAAAGAAUCCGUCAACAGGGUCUAUUGUGGCACCCCUGCUCCUGAAUGUUGUGCCACGUGGGUGGAGAACCCUGGAGGGGCCCGGGCCGGUCAACCGCGCAGACGUCACGCAUUGGGAGAGGUGUGCGAAGGGGUAUAUCUGCCUAGAGAUGUGAUGGGGAGAUCAGCACCUUGGAGAGAGAUCCCUCUACCUGCGGUCCAGGACCCCGGCCAGCGCACGUGAGUUAGCAGAGUGGAAAAUCACUGACUCACCUGCAGCCUCUUUUCCUAAUAAGCAGGGAAUGGGAUUUAAGGCGCGGUCGAGGCUGCAGCCAGGCUCAGUUGGUGCCAUUCCUGAGCGUGUGAGA